CGAGGUCACGUCUUUACGAAGAAGGCGCGCGUGCCGCGUGGGCAGAGAUGUAAUGUGAUCCUAAAUAGCCUGCUGUCAGUCAUUUACACUUAGCUCUAGAGCAUUCGCUUUUUGCGUCAGUGCAGUCAGAGUUACAGCUCAAGAAGAAAUGCACAUAGUUAUGGCGAUCUUCAGUACUGCGUUCGUUUUGCUGUAUUUCUUUGGCUCAUCUCUGGCGGUUGAAGGUAAGGGAAUAAACUUUGUCUCACUCGAAAACUUUGUUUAAGUCAAGGUUUGAUAGGCGCUGAUUCUGGUCUCGAUCCCCAUCAAAUUGAUCUCCUUGUGAUAAUUUUAAAUCUUAAACGUGGAGAAAAGGUUAAAUGACGUUUGUGGUUUUGUCACUGUUGUACCCCAAAUAAAGUUCAGUGAGGCACUUUUCACUGGAAAGCUCAACACUGUUUACAGAUUUCGCAAUUUGUGUUAGUUAUUCAUUUACACCCGAUUGACAUUUUGUGUCAUCUCACCUCAACUGAUCUCUCACUACAGUCAAUCUCACUUUUUUAAGCAUGGUUUUCCGAAAAACGCCGAAAUAUUUUGGCAUAGAGCAAGAGUAGAAUUGUUAAGAAGUGUGUAACUCGUCGGUUAAAAUCUUAAGAUUAACAUUGGCAUGUGUAAAAAGAUUUUGUCUCCACCAGAAUAUCUCUGUCUAGUUUAACUAGGAAGUGUUGACAGUUGGGUCACUCAAAGUUAUUAUUCAGCCAUGAUUCAGUUGGCGAUUUCCCAUGGUGUGGUUUCCUUUCCCUAUAUAAAGUAAUUGUAAACCAAGCUUGACAGCAUGACAUUUUAGUCAGAGGUGUUUGCCAAAUACUUUGGUCCUGAUACAUGGCUGCUUUAGACGUUUUUUUAGGAAAAGGACAGCUGUAGUAAUUUAGAGGUCACGUCACAUUAUUAAAUAACAGACCUUAAGAAAAAUUAAGGAGGGGUAAAGGAUUUUGAAAGAUUAAAGUUUUAUGGCAUACCAAGUGGGAAAGUCUAAAUAACUUUUUCUGCGUAGGACAGCUUUUACUUUCUGAUGAUGCAGGUUAAUCUUUUUUUACUUCACGGCGUUUUCCUCUGUGCGCCCUUUUGCUCACCUUUUAAUGGCUCAUCUCUUGUAGAGAGGAAUUCCGGAAGUGCCUCUCCACUUUACAGACGAGAAUAUAUGAAAGUGUCAAUUUUUUUCAACGAAAAAGAUUACUGAUUCUAGGCCAUGAUGUUAGAAUUCAUAUAUGGCUCAGAGAUUUUUAAUAACGAGUUUUGACUAAAUCUCUGUGUCACAUUCAAUCAUUCUUUACAUCUAAAUUAUUACAGUAGCAAAAUGUGGCGGUGUCCUUAACAAUGAAACUGGACAAAUAACUUCACCAAAUUACCCAAACGACUAUCCAGAUGGUAUCACUUGUAGAUGGAAGAUCUCUCCUUACAAGUCCCAUGUGAAUAUCACUAUUGAGGACUUCUUGGUAAGUAAAUAAUCAAAAGCUUUUCCCUAUUUACUGCGCGAAAUUGUGGAGCGAAGUCAAGUUGCAAGAUUUUGUUUUCUUGGCAAAAGCCGUGCAAAUAUCGCUUGAGUCAUACACCUUUCCGUGCAUCAGUGUUGCCUUUUUAUAUUUUAAGCGACUUAAACUGGAGGAAAAUUUUCUGGCAAAGUUAAUAAUGUUGAUAUAACCUUCACGCUAGUUUCCUUUGCAUGUACUGACCCCAGGCUGUACAAGCGCACAUGUAGCUAUCCCGACCUCCAUCCCUCCCAAAUUGUUCCACUUGCCAAUUAGGUCAUUGCAUUCGAUUUCUCUUAACGGUUUUUUGUUAUUAUUUUCCAUUAAGCUUGAAGGAUCUACAAACUGUGAAGAAUUCGACUUCCUUGAAAUCAAAGUUAAAAAAGGCCGGUAUAGCAACGAAAGAAUCGCUGUUUGCGGGUCACUGAAUCCUCGUGUACUGAGCAUCAAACUAGACGGUGAAUCAGUGGAAAUGACCUUCAAAACCGAUAUGAAUGUGAACGCAAGAGGAUUCAAAAUCAGUUACCGAGGCUUUGGUAAGUUUCAGCGACCCUAUUUUUCUUUAACUACUGACCCCUCACCCGUAAGGAAUUUUUUAUCAAUAUCCUAUGGAAGAUUUUACAUUAACACUGCAAAUUCAUAGUAGCUGUUGAUGUCCACGUUGGUUAAGAUGGCGGAAAAUGUGGAAAGAAAUUGGUCGAUAGGAUUUGAAGGUAGUGUGAUCGAAAGAAGGGGUGGGGCUGUUACAGCGUGUCAGUAAGCUGGUACACCCAAGGAGUAAGUACACAUAUUAGGUGCAACGCAGUUAAGCCAAGAUUGACAUAAGUUUCCUUUCAGACAUCGACCCUUGUGUGAACAACAAUGGUGGAUGCUCGCACACAUGCAACCUGGUUAAUGGGAAGCGUGAAUGCUCGUGUCCCGAUGGUUACAAACUAGGGUAUGACUCGCAGACGUGCAAAGGUUUGUGGUAAAUCAAGUUUUGUCUUUUAAAAUAAAAGUAGGGUUUUGCCGAAAAAUGUGAUUAAAGAAUCAGCACUACGCAAGAACGCUCAUUUAGUCCUCGUGAAGCUAGAACAAUUACAAUACAGAAGGUUGAACGCGUUUGUGAAGAUACGACUGCGUUUCGUCUCCAGGUCUCAAUGAUCCACACUCUCUUCCAACUUACAAUAUUUUCACAGGCGUCAAUAGUUGUUACUUCGCGGGACGACAAAAGUGUCCUUACACAAGCAAGUCAAGUUGCAAGGACCUUGCACACGAUGUUACCACUUGCGUCUGUUGGCGUGGUUACAAGAAAGACUUAAGGCACAACAAAUGCCGCGGUAGGUGUUUAUUGAUACUUGCUUGUAAGAGUGAUUGAAGGUUGGGUUCUGUCAUUUAAAUCAAUAAAUAUAACUUACACACCAUUGGAAGGUCUUAUUGCUGAAGGUAUUUCAUUUUCCCCGUGUAUGACAGCUUCGACAUUGUUAGUACCAAGUUCAAUAUUAAACGUUCUGGGAAUUUUGAAUGCUUAGUUUCCCUGAGGUGAGUAAAAUUGACAAAUCUUAGCUACAAAAAUUUUGCUCCACCCAUAUUCUACAAGAGAAAAUGAGAGACCUGUGAGUUAAAUUAGGGCGUGCAAUAAAACUUAUUAACUAAUGCUGAUAUUUGUGAAUCCACUCUCUGUUUUGACCGGCAAAUUCUGAUAUUAUUUUCCUUUUCCAUCGAGAUAUUGACGAGUGCAAAGAAGUUCCGAACCGGUGUGGUGUUGGGGUCUGUCAUAACAAAAUAGGUUACCAUUACUGUACCUGUCCCAAAGGGUACCAAUCAGGCUAUAAAGACGGCAAAAAGACAUGCCGGGGUAAGGAAAUUAAUUCCAUACAAUAAGCUUCAUUUCUUGACGAUGGUUUUCCUAUCGAACAUCACAAAUCCGUUUAUUUUCAUGUUAAGAAAUAAUCAUCUAACUGUUGGUCUGGAAGGUUCAACUCUUGAAGUACACUUUAAAAGACGUUGGUUGGACUCGGAUAAAUUGUGCUCACGAAUAACCACUCCAUAUUUAAGCUUACAAAACUGAGUCUUUUUACCUUUCGUAUUUAGCUUAAGAACUAAGAAAUUAAACUGUUCAGCAGUUACAAUAUUCUGCGGGAAAUCUACAUCCACUUAAAUUGCGGGGUCAACGUAAUCCUUGCGGAUAAUGUUAAGGUCAGAUUGGAUCCAGUUAACUUUGACCUUCAGUAAACAUCUUUUCCCUUGACAUGCCUUUGUUUUUUUUCUUUUGAAUCAGAUAUAGACGAAUGUAAUAGUUACAGGCAACCGCAAUGUGGAGAGGCCCAAUGUGUUAACACUCCCGGGAGCUAUGUUUGCCAAUGCAAACCUGGAUAUAAGUUCAACGAAGUUUCGAAAACCUGUGAAGGUUUGUAAUUAUGGCUAGCUCCCUGGGUUGGCAAAGUAAAUGGUUACCUGUGCACCUUACCCGUUCGAGACAGCAUGCUUUGGUCCUUCAAAAGCAAAAUCUAUCUAGAAAUCUUCCUGCCACUCAGUGAGUAUUUAUGAGCUGCACCUCCUUAGUCACGAUGGAUGGAUAUGACUUUCCCUCUCGGUGAUCAUUACGAUUAUCAAAGUUAUUUUAAAAUUGGUUGGUUUUUUUUUUUCUUUCGCGUUUUCGUGGAUUUCACAUUCGACUCGAUCCACAAGAUUAAAAAACGCAAAAAAAAAAACUUGGCCAACAUGAAGCCAUUUGGGCCUCACGCAUGAUCAGUAACGCUUACAUAUCUAACUCACCAGAUGACGAUGAAUGCACCGCGAACAUCGGUGGAUGCGAUCAAGUUUGCUCGAACACAAAUGGUUCCUUCAGUUGCAGCUGUCAUCUGGGGUUUUUCCUGGAUAGCAAUGGCAAAACAUGCAGGGGUAGGUUGCACUUUUUUCCAUGUAUACAAUAUUAUCAUCAUCGUUAUAAAACUACAAUAGUAGUAAGAAGUUUCUAAAAGUUAAGAAGAACGCAACGUCAGCGGGAAAGCAAGGUUUAAGUCUCUACUUUUCCUGUGGAGUUUUCUAGCGAUUGCGCUAGAAAACUUUUUUUUCCUUGUGUAAAGUGAAAGCCUGGAUUCAAGCUGGAAAUUCUUAGGAAUGAAAAGAUUGUUGUUGUAGUGGAGGACUGCUUAAUGAACACCACUGUUUACUUCGAAAUCUGAAGUAAAACUUGGUGGUCUGAAACAUGUUGACCAUUAUGCCAACCUACUAAGAUUUUCCUAAGUUGUUUGACCAGAUUUCACUUAUUUUCAGAAGUAAAAAUUGAAGGUUUUGGACCCGUCAACACAGACAAUGCCUGCCAAGGAGAAUCGCUGAGAAUGUCCUGCAAAGAUCCUUUGAAAUCGCUCAUAAUUUUCGAAGCAAAGUACGGUGAUACUGGAGAUCCAACAAUUUGUCCUUACAAACAGUUCAUCGCCCAAGUCGAUAGCAAGAGCCCUGACACUUUGCCUUGUUCCGAAAACGUGACAAAGGAGAUCGAGAGAUUGUGUGGCUGGGAAAAUACAUGUGAAGUCAAAGCCGAGUCUGCCCUUAGCCGUGUUUGCCGUGGACCCAACAACCAUUUGUCUGUUGUUUAUUCUUGCGGUGAGACCUUUAUUUUUUGGGCAGUUUUGAUUAAAACGAAGAAUCGAUGUUUAGCGCCACUUAACGGUUCACUUACAUGUAGGGCUGGUUACGGUUGUGUUUUUGUGCCUAUGUGUAUAAGACCCCACAAAAAAAAUGCAUGAGUUCCAGAUGCCUUCAGAACUUGCUUACUUCUAUAAAAGUAAUUAACGCAAAAACGAUCAUACGCUCAACGAGAUUUCUUGACGUCUUGACGUUUAGUUCUCUAUUUAAUCGUCGUUAACAAUUUCCCACGACUUACUAGGCCUGGUAUCAAGUUUUUCAAUUGUUUGGCCUCAAUGGUGUACAUAUAGUUUUUUUCUUGGUGAUUGGCGCAACAUUGCCAUUUUAACUCUGUACUGCACGGUAACCUAUAUAGCUGUACUGUCAAGGGAAGAGUACGUGUAGACCUAAUACAAAUAUUAAGCCUAACGGCAGUUAGAAAAGACCGGGAGUAAGUCACAGUAAAGUACCCUUUGUUUACCCGAAAUACCCACUCGGUGUUGGGCGAUUGUGCUCAUGUAAAAAAAAUUUUGUAUCUCAGCUCAAAAGAUUAUUAUAUUUUCUUGAGUAAGGGGCUGCACGCGCUUCUCACGCAAGAGUUAAACGACUAAAUAGAAUUUAUUUCAUCGUUACGUGACUGUGUAAAUCACUGUUGUUCUGUAGGUAAACCCCUGAAGUGUCCACCUCUGCCCAAACCAGACAAGUGUGUUGCUCCUGUAAAGAACGAGUGCAAGACGGACAAGGAUUGCCCCCUGGCUAAAAUGUGCUGCUUUGACGGAUGCCAGAAUGUGUGCUCCAAACCUGUUUUGUACACGAGUAAGUGCUGUUGUAACCAUGACUGUUGGAAGGUGUUUCCUUCUCAUGAGCUAUGAGUUAAACAAUUAUGAGCAGGUGAUGGAUAUUGCCACAUUUCUGGGUGCAAAUAGUCUUCAAGAUCAUACAAUGCAAUUUUCCUUUUUUUCCUAUCAGCCAAGAGCAAAACAUUUGCACAUAACUACUGUACAUACAAAUAAUGAUCGUCUACUGCACGUUACAGUCAAACUUUUCUUGCCUUGAAUAAUAUCCUGUUCAUGAGAGUGCAAUAUGACAGACUUUAGAAUUUGGUCCAAGGUGCAAGAAUGCCAUGCUUUAUGCCUCAAAUAAAUGUUUAAAGGAUACUACUACAAUAGUCUCUAUUUCUCAUGAAAUUAAUUUUUUGGGUUUUUCUUUACCUAGAGCCCACAGGUGGUUCCUAAGGCAACAGGUGUCUUGAGAAACAAACUGCUUGACAGGGACUGGACAAUUGGCACAAAAGUGAAAAAAGCUGACUACAGUAACAGCAGUAAAUUGGAAUUAUUAAAUGAAAGCUUUUUCUUUUGUCUAUCGAUAGAAAUCAUGUUUGUAUUCCUGUGAUAAACAAUACAUGACUAGUAAAACUUACUCUACACAUUUCUAAAUGUUGUCAUUUGUGUUUGUAAGUCUAAAGUAAUGAUAUUUUCAUAAUUGUGAUUUUAAGUGUACCUUUUUUGAGAAAGAUUAACUUCUAUUCACCAAAUAAGAGAAACACCAGCAUAAUUUUAAAAAACUCUUAUUGACCUCAUAAUUACAAAUAAAUAUAUAUUGCU